AUGGUCGACAUCCCCGCUCAGCUAACACCUGCGACACCAUCUCUCGGAGGACCCGCUCAACCAGUUGCUGGCCUUUCAUUCCAGUCCAGUGGACUCAAGAGCUUCGAGCAGGUCGACAGGCAACUUCCCGGAGAGGGUCUGUCUACCCCAACUACACCAAAUGGCCCGGCUCAGGAAAAGGCCGCCCACAGGCUCGAGUAUUCGGCUGACACUGUCCAUCGUGAAACCCAUCUUCCAAAGGGUGACGAGGAGAAAGCACUGCUAAGAAAAAUCGAUGCACAUAUGUUCCCUUGCAUAUGUCUCUUGUAUAUGCUAAAUCAUUUGGACAGAACGAGUAUUGCAAAUGCACGAGUAGGAGGGAUGGAAGUGGAUCUUAGCUUGAGCUCGACGGACUACUCGACGAUUGUCCUGAUAUUUUUUGUUGGAUACCUCUCAGCAGAAAUUCCAUCGAACAUGCUUCUCUCUCAUGUGCGACCCUCUCUGUUCUUACCUGGACUGACUUUCGUCUGGGGCAUAGUGGUAACGCUGAUCAGUCUGGUGAAAAACAAAGAAGGCCUGAUCGUCGCCAGGCUCUUCCUAGGAUUUGUCGAGUCUGGCUUUUUUCCAGGUGUUCUCCUUCUCCUGUCGUCUUGGUACCGGAAAGCAGAGCUGGCAAAGCGUAUCGGUAUCUUAUACAGUGGAGGUAUUCUGGCAGGCGCAUUUGGUGGGUUGAUAUCUGGUGGGGUAAUUGAUGGCUUAGAAGGCGUCGGCGGCAUUCGAGGAUGGAGAUGGCUAUUUAUCAUCGAAGGACUCAUCACAGUCUCAGCCUCAGCAGUCGUCGUCUUCUUCCUACCUGAUUGGCCAUCUAAUACCAAGUGGCUUUCAGACAAGGAGAAGAAGCUAGCCGUCCUUCGCCUGGAAAUCGAUCAGGUCGAACAUGGUGCUUCUGCAGCAGACUCGACUAAGUUGAGCCAUCGGCAGGCCCUAGCGGCUGCCAGUAAGGAUUGGAGAACGUAUCUCUUCUGUUUUAUGUAUAUCAUGCUUCUUAGUUCACAAACCAUCCUGUACUUCAUCCCUAGCAUCGUGGUUUCAUUGGGCUACCAUGGACAAGUGGCCCAAUUCAUGACUGUUCCGCCAUACAUAGUCGCGUGCGCAUUCGCUCUGAGCAUCUCCUUUUCGGCUGAUCAUUUUGGGGAGCGGAUGUUUCAUGUGGGACUACCGAUGGGCUUUUCAGGGCUACUCUACGCCCUCUGCCUGGCCAUCCACGAGCCCAGGACCCGUUAUGCGCUGGUCUGUCUGGCUUUUGGCGCGACCUUCGGUGCCUUGCCUGUCGUCUUGGCUUGGGUGUCUAGUGUCGCCGGGUCCCAGAAACAAAAAAGGGCAAUCACUCUGGCCAUCGUCAACACAGUUGGUAACUCUUCCAACUUUUAUGGAAGUUUCCUCUGGCCCAAAUCACAAGGUCCCAAUUUUGUUCUCGGAUUUGCAAUGGCUACCGUAUUCGGAUUCAGUUGUGCUCUUGCUGCAGUGCUCGGUACGUUCCUAUUGGAUCGCUUCCCUCGCGUCGAAAGUCUUUCAGUCGAACCCGAGAAACCGAUUCCGGCCAAGGAUGAUUUAACUGGACCAAAGGAAUCUGCGAUCUAG